AUGUCGUCCCAAGAGCUCGCCAUCGACCGCCUGCAGAUGGCCGUCGUGGACGGCCGCACUGAAAACGUGCGGUAUCGCCAGGACCAGCUGCAGAGCCUCCACGAAGCCCUACGCACCGACGCGAGCACAAUAUGCAGCGCGUUAACUCAGGAUACGAAGGGGUCGGCAGCGGAGGUCGAAAGCGAAUACUACCUAGCCAUGGACGCCGUCAGACACUUCUACGAGUCUCUCGACUUCGACCAGGCGCUGAAGGACGAGUACUCCGUGACGCAGGCGAGGGACUAUGCGAGUAGGAGGCUGGGCGUCGGCAUGGUGGUGAUCCGCCCGACGAGCCAUACGAGACUCUACUCGAUCGUUUCGCCGCUGGCUGCUGCUAUCUGUGCUGGGAACUGUGUGGUUUUGGAGCUUCAGGAUACCCUUCUACAAGUGGAUUCUGUCCUAGGGGAGGUUCUACCAUCUGCCUUGGAUGUCAACACAUUCUGUCUGAGCAAGACGAUCACGGACGCCUCGAUACUAGACUCAGCUGUGCUCGUGGACCAAACAAGCAGCGCCGCGUCGAAAAGCCUGACUACCCAGUUACUCUCAUCUUCUGCCGCCCGGACCGUCGCGAUAGUGGACCGAACAGCGGAUAUCCAAGCCGCAGCGAAAGCGAUCACAACCGCGAGGUUCACUUUUGGCGGUACAUCGCCCUACGCCCCGGAUCUGGUGCUGGUGAACGAGUACGUCAAGAUAGCGUUCUUUGAAGCCUGUUCCAAAUAUGCGACGCUGGCAUUCGCAAAGGACUCGAAUGUGAAGAAGGUCAGCGGCAACCAGAGCGAGGAAUCGCGAAAGGCGGUCAAGGAAGCUGAAGACCGUCGGCAAGCAACGAGUUUCGGAUCCAAUGACUUCAAGCUGAUCGACAUUAUAGACAAGAACACCCCUCUCAUGAACAUCAAGAUCAGCGGCCGCUAUCUGCCCAUCACGACAUGUUCAGGCCUCGUCGACGCCAUUUUCACCCAACAAUUCGAAAGCCCCCCACUGCUCGCAGGCUACUUCUUCGGCGACGCAGGCUCCGUAAAGUACAUGUCACAGCACCUCCCGUGCCACAUCUCCUGCCUCAACCAGAUCCCCGCACACCUUCUCGUCGGGCCCGCAGCGCCCCUCGCCCACGACGCGGACUUCCGCUACCGCUACAGCACGGCCAUGUUCUCAGUCGCGCGACCGCAGUACGUCGAGAAGUCCAUGGGCGCCUUCGCGAAGGCAGAACAACUACUGGAGGGCGUGAAGGGCAUCAGCACGAGUUCCGUCCGCGCGCUGGCCGUGAAGCCCCUGAGGCCGACGGGCCAGCCGAGCAACUGGGGCAUCGGGUUCUUCGAGCAGGGCAUCCUGAUCGGGGCCAGCUUGAUCCUGACGGUUGUGGCUCCGGUAAUUGGGUAUACGACUUGGGUUACGGGUCGGAAGGGGUUUCAGUUGGCGAUGAAGCUGAAGAAGUGA